AUCGGAGCUGUCAGAAAUGUAGAAUAUGAGAAAUGUAAAAUAGCAUAGUAAUCUCAUAUGAAACACGUGUAUCAGAAAAAUUAACGAGUUAAAAAGAAACUUAUUGUUAGUAUCUAUAUCAAAAAACUAUUUGUCAACGAGCGCGUAAGCUGCUAUUUCGAAUAUGGUUUAUGUUACAGACGAUGGAAGUGUAGUAAAAUCUACUCCAUGGGGAUUAAAAAAAGUUUUCGGGUUCUUCACAGGAGUAAUUUAUAUGAUCAUUAUGUUUUUUCAGACAUUAAUCAAUCCUGGUAUGAAUAGAGCAGAAAGUCAAUAUACAAGAGAUUACCGACCAGGAUCUGGGCCACGUCCUCCGCCACGUAGGCUUGGUAGACCAAAUACAGGAAAUAAUGUUGACAUUCCAUUCUUUGGAGGUUGUAGUAGUUGCGCAAGAUAAAAUAUUUUUAAAAAUUUAUUUCCAACAUAUUUAAAUGUGGGAAAGAAUUGAACUAACGCAUUGAUAUUGAUAUAAUUGAAAAAUUGAAUGCGCAAUUAUAUUUAUAUCAAUUUGUUUAGUGUCUUCUGUUAUAGAAUAGUAAAUAGCUUUAUCUAUAAUUCUCUUAUGGUUGCCAUAUAUGUUUACAUGUGUCACAGUGGAUGAAUACAGGCAAAAACAGAAAUUGUUAAACACACGAAUAUACAAUGCAAGCAAUUACACAUUUUAUUGUCAAA